CUGUGAGCCUGGACCAGGGCUGGUGUGUGCACCGGCAACUGCGAGAAUACAAAUCAGGGGGGGUGGGGCACCUCUGUAAGGAAGAGGAGCGCAAGGAAGACACAUCCAUGUUAACGGCAGUGUAUUGACCCAUCGGCCAAAGCAAGGAGGCAUUCUUUUGACUUGGGCUGGACCCGUUGCCACCUUUGUUGGGGUAAAUGAGGAAUGGGCUUGUGAUUAUGCUGACGUCCCAGCAUGCAUUUGGUAGACCUGUGGUUAACUCGUUCCCUCUCCAUGUGUCUCCUCCUACAAAGUUUUGUCCUCAUGAUACUGUGCUUUCAUUCAGCCAGUAUGUGUCCCAAAGGCUGUCUUUGUUCUUCCUCUGGAGGUUUAAAUGUCACCUGUAGCAAUGCGAACCUCAAGGAGAUCCCCAGAGAUCUUCCUCCUGAAACAGUCCUCCUUUACUUGGACUCCAAUCAGAUAACGUCCAUCCCCAACGAGAUUUUCAAGGACUUGCAUCAGCUCCGAGUUCUCAAUUUGUCCAAAAAUGGCAUCGAGUUUAUAGAUGAGCAUGCCUUCAAGGGGGUGGCUGAGACCCUGCAGACGCUGGACUUAUCCGACAACCGCAUUCAGAGUGUUCACAAAAAUGCUUUCAACAACCUGAAGGCCAGGGCCAGGAUCGCCAACAAUCCCUGGCACUGCGACUGUACUUUACAGCAGGUCCUGAAGAGCAUGGCAUCUAACCACGAGACAGCUAACAAUGUCAUCUGUAAGACUUCCGUGCUGGACGAACAUGCCGGGAGGCCUUUCCUUAAUGCUGCCAAUGACGCUGACCUCUGUAACCUUCCCAAAAAGACUACCGACUAUGCCAUGCUGGUCACCAUGUUUGGCUGGUUCACCAUGGUGAUAUCCUACGUGGUGUAUUAUGUACGGCAGAAUCAGGAGGAUGCCAGGAGACACCUAGAAUACUUGAAAUCCCUGCCAAGCAGGCAAAAGAAAGCAGAUGAAGCCGAUGACAUUAGCACUGUGGUAUAGUACUGGGAAUGACUAACUUGGACACGGAAAUUAGUUUCGGGUUGCAUUAGACCGAGUGGUUUACUUCCAACAUCCAUUGUAUACAUUUAAGAACUUUGCAUUUCAGUUUAAUUGAAUUAUGCCACUGUUGGACUUUAAAUAAAAAAAAAAAACAGCUAACAUUAAAAUGAUUUUAGUUUGGGUGGCCUACACCAUAAUUUUUCCUCUGGUGGUAUAUUCCUAAGUAAGCUACUAUGUAAACAUUAGUUAGAUUCAUUUCACUAUUUAAUAAUGAAAUUUAUUUUUUUAAUUUAAAACCAAAUAAAAGCCUAAC